AUGGCCAGCUCCGGUGCCGUGGAUCCUGCUGGCGGCAACUACCACAAUCCAGGCAGCAACCGUUCAAAACACUCGCUCAGGAGUUCCAUCAGAGAUGCUUGCGAAGACACCAAAUUGUGCUCCACGGCCGGGGCGUCGCGUGACCUCUGCCACGGUUACCCGGUCCCUGACCGUCAAGACAUCGCCCGAGUCACCCCCGUCACGUUUCCUGCCAUUGCGACUGCCAUGGUCUUGCUGAGGUUCGUGUCAAGGUUGAUCGUUGCCAAGAAGCUAUGGUGGGACGACUGGACUGCGUUGAUUGCCGCGGUAGGCCUACUCCAUCCGGCCGUGUGCCAGCUAUCAUGA